GUGCUGAGUGGGCAAGGGUUUGUACGUCACCAGCGCGCAGCAGCAGAACUGACCAGAGCCUGGAGGCAGGCAUGCUGCUUCAGAGUUUCUCUUGACGUCCUAGGCUUGACAGAAUCUGCCAGUGCAAGCAGGAGCGCUUUGGUCAGGGUUCUUUGUGAAAAUGGCUCCUCCGGUCGUUGAUGCGAAGUAUAAGAAAGAUAUUGAACGGUGCCGACGGGACCUGAGGGCGCUGCUAGCAGAGAAGAACUGUUCUCCUUUGAUACUGCGCCUUGCGUGGCAUGAUGCUGGCACUUAUGACGCCAACUCAAAGACGGGGGGACCUAAUGGAAGCAUCAGAAGCGACCGAGAGUAUGCUCAUGGGGCGAAUGCCGGCCUGAAGAUUGCCAUUGACAUCCUUGAACCGCUCAAACAGAAGUAUCCAGGGUUGACCUACGCCGACAUCUAUCAGCUGGGUGGUUAUGUUGCAGUAGAGAUCACUGGCGGGCCCAGCAUUCCUUUCACACCAGGACGGCCGGAUUCUCUGGCCUGUCCACCCGAGGGACGUCUUCCUGACGGCGGCAAAGACGCCUCCCACAUCCGUACAGUCUUCUAUAGAAUGGGCCUCAGCGACAAGGACAUCGUGGCGCUCUCUGGGGGGCACACUCUGGGGCGUGCGCAUAAGGAGCGGUCCGGAUUCGAAGAUAAGCCGUGGACGUCCAACCCGCUAAAGUUCGACAACUCCUACUUCAUCGAGCUGCUGGCUGCCGACAAGGCGAACCUGCUGAAGCUGCCAACCGACAAGGCGCUCGUGACGGAUCCCAAGUUCCGGCCGCACGUCGAGAAGUACGCCAAGGAUGAGGACGUGUUCUUCAAGGAGUACGCCGAGUCCCACAAGAAGCUGUCCGAGCUUGGGUGCAAGUACACCGCCCCCCAAUACUUUGACAGCACGGCCGACCCCACGAGCUCUGCGGCCCUCCUAUACUCGUCGGGAAUUGGCGUCAUUGCUACAGCAAUUGUGGCGGUCGCUGCGUAUGCCUACGAAUCGAGCAAAGUGGCUGCAAAGGUUAUGAAGAAGGCGUAGGACGUGUCGAAGAUUCUGGUGUACUAAAAGACACUAUUUGGCAUUGCAAGAACGAACAGGCUCCUCCAUUUCGAGGUGGACAUGAAUGAUUCUGCACAAAGGGCACACUUAGCAGGCCGAGCGUGCUGCAAUCAAAGUACGUACUUGGAAACAACUGCAUAGAGGACGUUGUUGAAAGCUGGCCGACUCGAAGCCUUUAACCUCGCACCCAAGAUGUUGGUGUACGGCCAGUCUGCAUUUGCGCUAGGUGCGAAUUCUGACGGACUUCGACGACAAUCUGUACUCCCCGCCUUCAACUUGGAGAUAUCGAACAUGCUCCGUUGAAAACAACAUCUUGGGUGCGAGUCCAAGGGGCCCGAGCAAGUCACUUGCUCAAUCUGGCACUAGGUACCAAUAUGGCUCUAUAUAUAAUCGGUCGCUUGAGCAGUCGCGUUUGCUCCAUGCAGCACAC